AUGGGUUUGGAGUUUGAGCAGGACGGAGCAAUGGCGUUUAAGUGGGAAGAACAACUCGGCCGCAAGACUCGGCCCCACGGCCGGUGGCAAGACCCGGCCCCACGGCCGGCGGCAAGACCCGGCCCCACGGCCGGCGGCAAGACUCGGCCCCACGGCCAGCGGCAAGACUCGGCCCCACGGCCGGUGGCAAGACCCGGCCCCACGGCCAGCGGCAAGACUCAGCCCCACGGCCGGCGGCAAGACUCGGCCCCACGGCCGGCGGCAAGACUUGGCCCCACGGCCAGCGGCAAGACUCGGCCCCACGGCCGGCGGCAAGACUCGGCCCCAGGAACGCUUAGAAUGACAGUGAAAGUGGACGAAAACCUGAAAGAACAGCCACCCUCAUCUCUCCUCUACCCCCUUCCACGACAACAACAAUUCAGAGAUUUUGGCUUCAGCGGCCAUCCCUUUAAGAAGCUAGUCAAACACGCAAUUGAUGACCUCAAGCACGCAAUUGAUGACCUCAUGCACGCAAUUGAUGACCUCAAGCACGCAAUUGAUGACUUCAAGCACGCAAUUGAUGACCUCAUGCACGCAAUUGAUGACCUCAAGCACGCAAUUGAUGACUUCAAGCACGCAAUUGAUGACCUCAAGCACGCAAUUGAUGACCUCAAGCACGCUAUUAAUGACCUCAAGCACGCUAUUGAUGACCUCAGGCACGCAAUUGAUGACCUCAUGCACGCAAUUGAUGACCUCAAGCACGCAAAUGAUGACCUCAAGCACGCAAUUGAUGACCUCAAGCACGCAAUUGAUGACUUCAAGCACGCAAUUGAUGACCUCAUGCACGCUAUUGAUGACCUCAAGCACACAAUUGAUGACCUCAUGCACGCAAUUGAUGACCUCAAGCACGGUAUUGUUGACCUCAUGCACGCAACUGAUGACCUCAAGCACGCAAUUGAUGACCUCGUGCACGCAAUUGAUGACCUUAAGCACGCAAUUGUUGACCUCAUGCACGCUAUUGUUGACCUCAAGCACGCUAUUGAUGACCUCAAACACGCAAUUGAUGACCUCAUGCACGCAAUUGUUGACCUUAAGCACGCAAUUGAUGACCUCAAGAACGCAAUUGAUGACCUCAAGAACGCAAUUGAUGACCUCAAGAACGCAAUUGAUGACCUCAAGCUCGCUCUUGGUGACAUCAAUGAUUGUUACACUGCUUUCCUCUCAAACUGUGUGUAUCCAAGUGCAGCGACGCGAGGAGCAACAGGAGGCUGGACACAGAGCAACAGGAAGCUGGACACAGAGCAACAGGAAGCUGGACACAGAGCAACAGGAAGCUGGACACAGAGCAACAGGAAGCUGGACACAGAGCAGCUGGACACAGAGCAACAGGACUGGACACAGAGCAACAGGAAGCUGGACACAGAGCACACAGAGAAGCUGGACACAGAGCAACAGGAAGCUGGACACAGAGCAACAGGAAGCUGGACACAGAGCAACAGGAGGAGCUGGACACAGAGCAACAGGAAGCUGGACACAGAGCAACAGGAGAAGCUGGACACAGAGCAACAGGAAGCUGGACACAGAGCAACAGGAAGCUGGACACAGAGCAACAGGAAGCUGGACACAGAGCAACAGGAAGCUGGACACAGAGCAACAGGAAGCUGGACACAGAGCAACAGGAAGCUGGACACAGAGCAACAGGAAGCUGGACACAGAGCAACAGGAAGCUGGACACAGAGCAACAGGAAGCUGGACACAGAGCAACAGGAAGCUGGACACAGAGCAACAGGAAACGAAGAUCUGUUUUAUUUUCCCUAG